AUGACCCUCAUCGGCUCUUACGUACUGUUGUACGCCGUACCCUUGGCAACCUUAAUCGCCUCCCCUUAUGCAUCUGGAGGAAUCAGCAUAGUCCUUACACCUGAGCGAUACGCUGCUCUGAAGGCGUUUGUGGCGAACAGCAGCAUUGACGACAUAUUGACUGCAGCUUCCAGCUUCCUUCUGAUUUCUCGCGAGAAGGCAGUAGAGUUCGUUUCCGUACUAACGAAACCCUCGGCUGUGCGAUUGUUGCUUCUCGUUGCUCGAAUUCUGAACGUUCAACUUCCGUCCGUCCCAACAGACACGCAACUCCCUCCCCAAGAAGCAUUAGGUCUCUACUUGACUGUUCUUGGUAGCUUCCCUGGGGGAGCGCCUAUCGAGUUUGAGCAUAAAGUGCCUAGAAACGCAGGGCUGGAUCUUCCCCAGGACUGGAUGUACGACGUACCCUUUUUCGUAGAAGGCGUGAGCGGAGAAGCUAUAACUAUUGGCGCAAGGCCUGGCCCGUGGUUCAUCAAGGCCCUUUGGGUUGCCUCCGGGUCCAUCGGAAUGCUUCGAAACCUCAUCAUAUUUGCGUUCCUCGGGUUUGCAGUGUAUUUUCUAGUCAUGUUGGUGCCACCAAUCAGACGGCAGCGCGAUGUUGUAGUACGAGAAAUGGCCAACGCGUGCAGCGCCAUCCGCAAAUCGUUGCGCCUAGCAAAGGAUAAGCUGGAGGCAAUGGGUACGGAAGGCGAGGAGGCGUUGCAAGUUGUGGAUGGGGUUGGGUAUGACGGAGAAGAGCGUAGUGAUCUGGAGAGGGGAGGAACAGCGAAGUCGAAAGCAGAGGCUGACAGCCUCGAUGGAGGGGCUGUUCGUGCCCUUGACGAUGUCGUGCUGAGUCUGCUAGAGACUCAGAAAGCCACGCUGCUAUCAGGAAUGGAGCCCUUCCUGCUGUACCCGGGCCCUGGCGUAUGGACCAUGAAGGAGCUUGACGAAGUGCGACAGAGGCUGAUUCAGUGCUGCUUGCAGACCCAAAACGUGCUGAAGCUGAUGGUCCGUCCCCAAAGCAAUAGUGCAUUUGGCAGCUUGAACUUUAAUCCCACCCUGGUCUCUGCUGGCAAGGCCCUUUUGGACAAAUGCAUACGGAUGUACGAGCUGUGCGAGGAGCUCCUAACUACGUUUCCUUCAAUAUUUUCUCCCUCCAAAACCAAACAGAAGUCAGACGAGCUGAUGGAGCAGAUGUCUCUCCUGGAAGGCGAAAUGCGCCGUUUGGCCUUGGAAGUAUUCCGCCCAUCAGAAGUAAACACAGAAUAUGCAAUUGCUCAGCUGGAGGCCGACAGCGCUGCCGUCGCUGACUCAGAACCCACUGUUGUAAAUCCUGCAAAAGAGUCCAGAUAUGCGAACCGCCGAAAGUCCCUUCAACGGGCAAUGGAGCUCCUUCCCGUGGGUAUUGCUGUCACUGGCUUCGUACAAGCCGGCUAUUCGGAGCCCUUGUGGCUCAGCCGAGCAGUGUGUGCGUUGAGCAAAGCACAGCAAACCAAUACUCUGCAUGGGCUCCUCAUGAAUACUGCCUUCCCCUUUUUGCCAGUUGGAGUCCACGCCCAGCGACUUGUUGUUGCUCCCCUUAGGGCUUUAGCUUUUUGGCGGCGACAGUGGAGGGGUCCGGGCGCAUGGUGGAGGGACCCAGAGGUCUGGUAUGUCAUAAAGCUGGUCAUUCCCCUCAUUAUCAUAUUUUCCUGCGGCAUCUGCUUCCCAAAAUUCCUUCAGUACUCUUGGGGUGUCAAAGUGACAGAGAAUCCUAUUAUUUUGGACAUAUCCAAUCAGGGGAUCGCCACGCGCAUGGUACCCUGGUUUCUACUGGGCUAUCUUACAGUACUGCAAACAACAUAUAACGGGACUGUGCAUCGGGGUCUUGCCCGCACAUUGGGUAUAUUGUUAGGUUCCUUCUGCGGUUGGCUGGGAAUGAAGUUGUUCGGCGCAAGUUUAGCAGCCCUCAUCACGUUUUGUUCAGUGACGGUGUUCGUCGACAUUUUCGCAUCUGCUGACCCCCGUCACCCCCUCGAUGGUUUUAGCAGGAAGUGGGGAUACUCAGGAAUGGUUUUCACUUACACGCAGUCUCUUAUUGUCACUUUGGCAACAGGCGAAUUGGGGGGCUUGACAGGGGAGCAGGACUAUUUGGCGACCACCCGCAUUUUGAGCAACAUUAUGGGCAUUCUCCUGGCAGUUAUUGUGGCGCAUCUGCCACCCCUCGCCAGUGCCACGACGUGUGCCUGCAACGAGUACUCGCAGGUUAUGCAGGGGUGCACUAGAGAGGCCAACCACUUAGUGCAGACUUUCCUUUCCCUCUGUCAACCGCCAAUGGAGCAGCAUGGCUCUUCUCCUGCUGAUAGCACUGUAGUGGCUUCCCCUUUGCAAAGGUGA